AUGGCUGCCAAUCUUCCUCAGACCAUGAGGGCUCUCCAGUACGACAAGCCCGAGAGCCACGGCCUCGUGGAUGUCCCUCUGCCCACUUUGCGCGACAACGAUGUCUUGAUCAAGGUUAAGGCUUGCGGUGUUUGUGGUACUGAUUUGCAUAUCCAUGAAGGAGAGUUUAUUGCCAAGUUCCCCUUGGUUCCUGGCCACGAGACGGUUGGUGUGGUUGCUGCUGUUGGACCUAAGGUCAAGGGCUUCGAGAUUGGUGAGCGUGUCGUUGCGGACAACUCGGAACUGUGCGGCGAAUGCUUUUACUGCCGUCGUGGUGCUGAGCUGUUCUGCGAGCACUUUGAGGCCCAUGGUGUUACCAUGAAUGGUGGUUUCGCCGAGUACUGCGCGUACCCUGCUGGCAGAGUGUUCAAGAUCAAGAACCUCUCCGAUGUCGAUGCCACCUUGCUUGAGCCUGCCUCUUGUGCCGCUCACGGUCUGGACAAGAUUGCUCCCAAGAUGGGCUCUUCUGUCCUGCUUUUCGGUGCUGGCCCUACCGGUCUGAUCCUGGCCCAGUUGCUUCGUCUGAAUGGUGGAUGCCAGGUUACUGUGGUUGCUCCUGAGGGUCUGAAGAUGGACUUGGCCAAGUCUCUCGAUGCUGGUGAUGAGUAUAUUGCUCUGUCUCGCAGCGACCCCAGCGCCCAGUUCGCCAAGCUCAAGGCGGACAACCCGUAUGGAUUCGACAUUGUCGUCGAAGCCACUGGUAGUGUCAAGAUCCUUGAUGACUCUAUCAACUAUGUCCGUCGUGGCGGCAAGCUCGUCGUGUACGGUGUGUAUGCCAACAAGGACCGUGUCAACUGGCCUCCCAGCAAGAUCUUCGGCGAUGAAAUCACCAUCGUGGGCAGCUUCUCCGAGACUUACAAGUUCCCGGCCGCCAUUGACUACCUUGACUCAGGCAAGAUCAAGGUCAAGGGCAUCGUGAAUAAGACCUUCAAGAUCGACCAGUGGGAGGAAUGCUUGGAGUCGAUGAAGAACAAGACUGCCAUCAAGGCCGCUAUUACUUUCGACUAG